UCUGUCUCAUUUUUUUCGGCGUUCUUGCGGUUGUCUGCGAUUUGGUUCAAGCUCCUUGAAAUAAUAGUCCCUUAUUAAAAUAAAUAAAUUUAGCUCUACUCCAACACGAAAUUUUUUUGCGUUUUUUCUUAUCGCGGGUUUCGGGUCCAGCCCGCAUGCCUCGGGUUUCUGGUCUAUCACGCGUGUCUCGGGUUUCGGGUCUAGCCCUCAUGAUCGCGAGCUCGCUCUGGCCUGAUACCCCCAGCAGAUUCACUGCCCUGUUCUUAUCCAGAUUAGGAUGUCAGUCUAGCCUCGAGUGAGUUCUUCCUGUCUGGAUUUCUGUUUAACACUAGAAAACACGGAAAAAAUUCGCUGUUGAAUGUUAUAUCCUUUUGGUCGUGCGUUCGUCAAUACCUUCGGUCCGAGAUCAGAAUAUCUUUUAAUUAUACGCAAUACCAAGAAAAACGUGAAAUGGGCAGGAAUGCACGCGCUUGAAACGCGCUUUGCCUGUAGAAAAAGUACUCUCUCAAUUCCUGUCAACGAAAAAGCGUUAACUGCAUGCUAAAUGCAUGUAGGGCUUCUUUCCAGUAUCUUGGACAUCAAACGCAACUCGUUUUUUUGGCCUUGUUUUCGUAUUUUAGACAUUCUCGCUCGAGUACUCGAAAAGCGAACAUUUUAAUGAAUCCAACGGCGGCGCAGUUUUAAACAACGCUUUUCUUGUAAUUUCUCAAAUAAGGCGUCAAACCGCGCGAAAACAACUCUGACUAGAAAAAGAAGUAGAGCUAUAACGAAUAAAAUACAUUUGACGAGUGUUAUUAAAAUAACACUCGCUACGCGUAAUAGUACAAACUAUUAAGCGUGUUAGUACGGCGGCAUUUUUUAUACCUCGCAUUCUUUUCGUGAUGGGGACAUCAAUAAAAGGCUGAUGUGUGCUCUAAACGCACUCCACAUACAGGUGACUAGUGUAAGACACUUCACUCGAAGGCAUUCCGUCACUUUAUCAGUGACUGCUGACUUAGAGAUGACACGGAUAGAGGAUUUAAUAAGUCUUAGGUUCAGUUAUCAGAUUUCUAUGCUGACUCAAGAUUCUGCAUCGAAAUUCAAGAGGAAUUCUUGAGACUGAACUGCUAACUAUGUCAAAUAUCUUGUCUCCCUCCGUUGGCGAUUUCGCGCCGUUGUUUGGCUGUCCAUGUCACGUGGUUGCGAUAACCUUGUUCAUUUCCUUACCUGUCAAUCAAAUUAUCUUACCCUGCUUGCACGAACUCGGCCAAGGUUAUAUGUCUGGUUCAGUGCUCUUUCUUUUUAAGAACGCCUAAUUUGCAGUUGAGACUUAUUUUUGGAGCAUUUUCUUAAAUUUCUGUGUAUAAAAUGAUGCGAUACCCAGUAAAGUAUUAGUAAGAGAAUUCACAAAGAUGUUAUAUUAUGAACACAAUAUUUUGAUGUUAUCUGAGCCUCGACAUGAUGUUUCAAUUGGUGAGGUCUCAGGCAGGACGUUCUUAUAAGAAACGAUAGUGACAGUGUAGUCUGUAAAAAAACGUUCUUACUUCUGACCGUCAUCCUUUCUUGGUCGAGAUUGCCUACAAACAAUUUUAUUUGAUGAUAACGGGGCUAUCAUUGUAGUGAACCCAUUUUUAUUGCAGUAAAAAUGCUAUAUAGGAAAAAAAUAUAAACCCCGUCCAGCAUGCUAUAUAGGAAAAACAACUUAAACUCCAUCCAACAGCAUCGUUGGAAAAAUUAUGCAAGACUCGUGGCAAUGUUUUGCUGCCUCACAAAUGUUUCGUCUACUUUUUGUGACGAUUCCAGUACCUUUUUGCAGCAUAGGACUUCAUCUCUCCAAAUUAUGCCUUUCUAGGCUUCUUAUCUUCUGUACUCCCAUUAAUCACUAAUUCUUGUGUCGAUCAAAAUUGUAAAGAGUAAUGUAAUAGCUGUAAUAUGCUUCUCUGUGGAUCGUUAAGAGAGCAAGUUUAUUGUGCUAAGCGUCUAGCAGAAAGAUUAGAGAUGCUAGGUUAAGGGAGAAGUCUAGGAUUAGACAGUCCAAGAGUUUUCGUCUGUUGCGCUAUUUCUCAAUCAUAGAGCGCUUGCCUGCAGGCCAGAGAUGCCUUUCGCCUGACAAACUUUAUUUCGAUCGAGUUACUCUACCGUAACUAAUCGACACAAAGCGAAAGAAAGCUUUGGUUCGCUCUAGAAGACAUCUCUAACUUAACCGCCGACAAUAUUGGCUUUUGUUCGUAAACCCCCGAGCGAGACCCGACGAGCACUGUCUUGUGAAACCGAACAUUGUCAUUAUAAUCGAACGGUUUAUGAAGGAGCGCAAAAAUCUAAAACGCCUUGGGCUUUUUUUUUCGUAAACCCUCCGAGCGAGACCCGACAAGAACUUGUCUAGACCGACGUGAAACCGAACAUUGCUAUUGUAACCGAAGGGUUUACGAGGGAGCGGAAACAUCCAAAACAUCUUCGGGCGGAUUAAUUAUAAAGUAUUUCCGAUUGUGUCAUUGAGUCGAUCCUCUCGGUAACUUUGCGUUGCACAAUUCGUAGACUUAUUUACUGUAUGAAUUUCCCAACUAUUUCUUACACGACUGAAAAUUGUUUUAUUGGCAGUUCAAUGAGUUCACUUGCGCCAUAAAGUCUUCCAUCAAGUUUAAGAGCUUUGUAAUGAACUCAUAGUCUUGUCUCGUCCUUAUGACCAGAAAAAAAACCCGUCUUUUUCAAAUUGAGAACGGUAAUAUUUCAAAAUGUUUUGCGUUCUGUUUCCUAGUGAUUGUUGUUAAGGCACUAGUUCACAUUAUUCUGAAUCAUAACAAUUCACUCAUGCGUCGCAAAAUCCCGUGAGACUUGAAAACACUGAAUCCUCGCGCGAGUCACUUCACAUUGCUCACAUUCCACCCUGCGGACACCCCCGCAUUCAUGUUAUCGUCGUAUCACUUACAUCUUUUAGUCGCGUAUAAAAGGCCGUGAACUCGGUCUGUCGUUAGUUGAGCCAAGCAAUCGUACUGUUCGCACAUCAUCGAUGCAGUAAUUAACAGUUUUCCAAAACAGUGAAGCGAUUCCACCGUGGUGUGAACCGAAAGAGAACCACAUAGGAGGUUGUUUUCGAGCGCUUUCAAAAGCACACUCGACCAGAACGAGCAAAAACUCCGCAGAUACGACAUGAAGAAACAGCAAAAGAGCUCAAAGAGGAAGGCAAGCCAUCAAGCAUUGGGAAAAAGGAGCUCAGCUUACUUGAAAAAGUUGACAAUUGCGGUCCUCGGAGAGGGACGUGUGGGCAAAUCAUCGCUCAUUCGAGGAUUCUGUGGCGAGGGGUUUCAAGAGGAGUACGUUCCUACGAUUGAGGAAUUUGUCUCUAAGCAUUUACUUUACAACGAUCGUACCUAUCAACUAGACAUUAUCGACACUUGCGGAUCUGAAAACUUCCCCGCAAUCCGUCGUGUUGACAUAGCUAAAGCGGACGCUAUUAUUUUGGUUUAUUCCAUUGACAAUCCCCGCUCAUUUGAGCAGCUUCAGCAAUACAGGGAGGAAAUAAUCGCGGAAAAAGGAAACUCGGUACCUGUUCUAGUUGUUGCGAACAAGUCGGACUUAUCACUUGAUGGUGAUGGACACUCUCUCACGAUCACCGAUCGCUUAGGGUGCAGGGUUAACACGCGGGAUGUGGUGCUAAAAAGAUGGAAGUAUCUUUGGUCUAUCACCUCGUGUAAGAUGAAUUGGGGAGUGCAGGAGCCAUUUCAUGGUAUACUAGACGAGAUUCAACGCAAGAAACUCGAGAACAAUAAUAAUAAUAAUUCGCCAACAAUGCAGCGAAAAACAUCGUGGCUCAACAGGAACUUGUCUCUGUCCUUGAGAAGAACUCGCUCAGCAAGAACAUAGACAAGCAAUAUUGCUAACUCGUAGAGCCCUGCAUCGUAAACUCCCGUUAUCUCAAAUCAAGGAGCUUAAGAUAUUGGACCUAAAUCAUGUACAGUUAUUUAUUAAGCUUUUGUGCGCCUUUGAUAUUACAUCAAUUAAAUAAAACAAACGAUAGUUUAACAUUGUUUCUAUAUUGUUGACACCGCUGCCCUAAAAAAGUUCUAUAGCGUACUUUCUACGGGUUGUUCUUUUGAAAUCCUUCAAAAAUCACUAAAACAUUUCAAUGUAAAAGCAAUUAGCGAAUCUAUUUUUACACCGCGGUGAAAAGAGGUUACUGCGUAUCACGGCUCACUAUUUAACUAUUUAAACUUUAUUCUUUUCUCGCAUAAUCCGCUCAGUUUAAUGCUCAAUAAUAAAACGUUUAUCUCUGUGGCUUUCUGCGAAAACAUCGAAAACCACAUACCAAUGUAUCUUAAUUAUUUUUUUACCUUAAAAGGCGCGUCGAGAGCGCGAAAGUUUGAUAAGAGGAACCCGCAGUUUGGAUGUGGUCGAGUCGUUUUCAGAAAGUCGUCUGCUGCCCUCAAAUCCUACGUUAAAAAAACUCUCUAUACACUGUGUAAAUAUAUAUGUUGUCAUUUGACAAUAAUAAAUAUUGUAUCAUGUUUUUCUAAUGGCCCACAUAGUUCAAACCGCACUUGACCUGUUUUCGAUCACUUGUUGGACUUGUUUACAUUUCUGCUGGACUUCUUUUAGCCUCUUUUUAGUCCACGCAUGCCUAGCAGCCCAAAGAUCACGCAAUAAAUGACAGCCCUACGGCUUGAGAAACUCGCAUAUUUGCGAGCCUGUAGGGCUCUUGAUUCUUGGACCAAGUGCAGUGCUGAUUAUCAGUCGCAACUGAAGCCUCUGAGCCAUGUGGGAAUGUUAGAAACGUGUCUUACAUGCCUCCUAGUCACUCGAUCCUCCGAUGAUUACGUAUCGAUAUCCCAUCGUUUCCUAUUAGCCUUGCUUAGCCCGUGCCCAUAUCCUUUGGUAAAUGGUUUCCGUUUUGGGUUUUAAUCCCCUUGAAGUUUGUUUUUUACGUCCUUUUGAUAAAAAUGGCAACAGAGAUGCUCAAAUUUGGAAAGCAGCUGUCGUUGCUCUCAUUCUUUGACUAGCUGCACGUAGACACAGUAGUGUUGGUAGGCAGUCCAAAGCAGCAGUUAUAAUUUGAUUAAAUUUGAAUGCUGGCUAAUAGACCCUCAUCUCUUAGGACCCUUAUAAAACAGGGUCAUGAAAAGGGAAAAAUAGGAUUUGACUUGAUUUUGAGUGGGGAACAAGACUUGGGUUUAUACCGCGAACAAUUUCAGCUUCACGAAACGGGGACGGGAACGGCAUAGUGUUGAAGAAACUGGAAAAACGGGAUUAUAGAACAAAAGUGCCCAAGAAAACGAGAUUCAGACCCCCCCCUAGUCUGCUAAGCAGCCGUGCGUGCCACUAAAAGCGGCUGCUAAACAGACAACCCCUCCCCCCUCCUUCCUAAUGGUAAGAGGCAGGUCUCCACUCGAGAAUCUAGAGUGACAAUUUCUUGAGUGACUAGACGGUAGACAAGAGGGAUAAGACUUAAACCGUCAAAUGUAGCAGUUCUGGUUUAAUUAGAAUAAGAUAAUGCCAACUAAUACCCUUCACAGCGUACUAUGUAUAGGGCACUAAGAAAGAAGUGACAAAUGACGACGAAUAGAGAGAAAGAAGAAACGGAGUGACGAUGAAUACAGACAAACUAAGAGACGAAUGACGAUGAAUACAGACAAA